CCUGAGUCCCCCACCCAAAGCUAGCGGGGCUUACCUGCUUUGGGAGCGAGGUGAAAAUGGGAAAGUUUUAUAUCGGUGGAAAUAGGUGUAGGCAGGUCGCCUGCUUUCCUUCUCCUACUUAGAAUAGGGCGCUUUCCUGUCUGUACUAUGGUUUUUCCCCUUAAAAGGCCCUCCGCCCAGUAGGUAUCAAGUCCUUUUGACUUCUCCGGCGCUCCGUCGCCGGAGAAGUUUGGGGCGUCGGCCUUGCCCAGCCAUCCUUCCGCGGACGUCCGACAGCGCCCGCUGCCAUGGCGACGCUGCUGCGCCGGGCCCUGCGCCCCUUCCCCCCGCUCCAGGGCCCUCCCGGGCCUGCUGCAGAUGUCCCCCUCCGAGCCGCGAGCCGUGGCGCUGGCCUGCUUUACCCUGAACACAUCCCCACCUCCCCGCUGCAGAAGGCGCUGCUGGCCGCCGGCUCUGCCGGAAUGGCGCUUUACAACCCGUAUCGCCACGACAUGGUCGCAGUUCUAGGGGAGACCACAGGACGCCGUGCCUUGAAGGUCCUCAGGGAUCAGAUGAGGAGGGAUCCAGAGGGUUCCCAGAUCCUGCAAGAACGACCCCGAAUCUCACUCUCCACCCUUGACCUGGGCAAGCUCCAGAGCCUGCCUGAGGGCUCCCUCGGCCGCGAGUAUCUCCGUUUCCUGGAUGUGAAUAGGGUCUCCCCAGAUACCCGGGCACCCACCCGAUUCGUGGAUGAUGAGGAGCUAGCGUACGUCAUCCAGCGGUACCGGGAGGUGCACGACAUGCUCCACACCCUGCUGGGGAUGCCCACCAACAUCCUGGGAAGGAGCCCAGCACGGGUGGGGACUGGGCAUGGCCGAGCCCUGGUAGAGGUCAGAGAGGAGCAGACACCUUGCUGUGCCCUGCCAUGCACACCACUGGCCUCUCCUCCUGGCCCCUGCUCACUUCCCACUCCCCCGCCCUGCCUCCCAGGAGAGAUUGUGGUGAAGUGGUUUGAGGCUGUCCAGACUGGCCUGCCCAUGUGCAUCCUGGGUGCACUUUUUGGACCAAUUCGACUGAGUGCCAAGAGCCUGCAAGUGCUGGUCUCUGAGCUGAUCCCAUGGGCAGUUCAGAAUGGGCGCAGGGCCCCGUGUGUCCUCAACCUGUACUACGAGCGGCGCUGGGAGCAGCCCCUCAGGGCUCUACGGGAGGAGCUGGGCAUCACGGAUCCCCCCUGCAUGUCGAGGGCCUGGCCUAGGCCCUGAGCUGCUGAACCAGGGGGGCCUGGCCUGGCUUCCCCUGGGGGCAGAGGACUCUUUUGCCAAUACCUUUGUUCCUUUUCUUUGAACGCUGACUCUGGGACAUCAUUUAUCAGAAUUUGUCGUAACCACUGCUGAGUGGCUUUGAGGGCCAACCCAGGAGGGAGCAGUCUGUGCAGUGGGGUUCCCAGGCAAGCCAGGACUUAGCCAAAGAGAACCACAUGUGACCAGGAAUCAGUUGUCUAGGUUCAUAUGAGAUGUCUUGGAUCCACACCCCCUGUUCCAGAACCCUCCCUGCCAACCAGGGUUUUCUGGGUGCCAAGCUAGGUAUCCUCGCAGGAGUGAGGGCUACACCCAAUUCCAGAGGCCUAAGUAGGGGGAGGUGAGUCCCCACUGUCUGAAUAAAGGCUCCCAUCAGGUCA